AUGGCUGGAUAUGCGCUGAAAAGAUUAAUGACUGAAUAUAAAGGUGAGAAAUGUUUCCUUAUCGAUUUUGAUUCUAUAAAAUAUUCCUAAUAUUUCAGAAUUAACAACUCGACCACCAGAGGGAAUAAUUGCUGCUCCGAUCGACGAAGACAAUUUUUUUGAAUGGGAAUGUUUGAUAACUGGACCGGAUGAUACCUGUUUCGCAAAUGGAGUUUUCCCGGCCAGAAUAGUUUUCCCUCAAGAUUAUCCAUUGAGUCCACCAAAAAUGCGUUUUACUUGCAAUAUAUUCCAUCCAAAUAUUUAUGCGGAUGGUCGUGUAUGUAUUUCUAUUCUUCAUGCUCCCGGAGAUGAUCCAACUGGUUAUGAAUCAUCGAAUGAACGUUGGAGUCCAGUCCAAUCAAUCGAGAAAAUCCUUUUAAGUGUGGUUAGUAUGCUUGCAGAACCAAACGAUGAAUCUCCUGCAAAUGUGAGCGCUGCAAAAAUGUGGAGAGAAGACCGACAGCAAUUCGAAAAGAUCGCAGAUUCUUUGGUUCGAAAAACACUUUGCCUACCAGCUUCUGAAUUAUAA